GUACAACCUGCCUGAUACCAUUGGCAUCAAACAAGCGUCUCUUUGACACCUUAAGAACCAUCCAAACACCAAGAUACGCACCAGCUACUGACCAUGUGUAUCGCUAUCCUCACCACCGCGCACCCGGACUACCCCUUCAUCCUGCUGAACAACCGUGAUGAAUAUCUCCACCGCCCAACAGCAGAAGCCACAUGGUGGCCGUCACCAGACUCCCAGGUCUUAGGAGGCUACGACCUGCAUCGUCCCGCCCAUGGAACCUGGCUUGGCAUGACCCGUCAAGGUCGCGUCGCAGUGCUCACCAACUACCGCGAGGAGAACCAGGCCAUCGUACAAGGCGCGAGAAGUCGAGGCGUGAUUCCAAAUGCAUGGCUCAAGAGCAAACCGGACUCCACGCAGACUUCCUCGGACUUUGCGCGGCAGAUGAUCGAAGAGGAUGGUGUACGGGGCGUUGGUGGCUUUUCGCUGUGCUACGGAUUCGUCAAAGACGUCGCUAGAGGCGAAGGACUUGUGAUUGUCAGCAAUCGGACCCCUGAUGUAGAAGGUGUCGUUCAUCUGCUGCGCAAGAAGGACGAGACAACUGCGCUCAGCAACGCGGCGUACGGCGACCGGACAUGGCCAAAGGUUGUCAAUGGCGAGAAGUGGACCGAAGAGGCGAUCAAAGCAUCAGUCGCUGCGAAUGAGACUCGUGAGCAGCUCGUUGAACGCGUGUUAGGCGUCUUGUCCGUGGAUACCAUGCCUAGACAGAAAGAUAACGAGGAGUGGGAUAUAUACCUUACGCAGCUGCGGCACAGCGUGUUCAUUCCAGCCAUCGGACGCGACCAUUUGGAGCUGCACAAGAUGCCGAGCCAUGAGGUUGGAGAUGUCGUCAAGAACAAGGCCCCAGAUGCUACGAGUGGAUGUUAUGGCACCGAGAAGCAGACCGUGAUCUUAGUCGACAAACAAGGCAAGGUGUUCUACUUGGAGCGCACGCUCUUCGACAGCGAUGCGCAGCCUGUUGCUAGGGGCGAGGGGGAUCGCACCUUCGAGUUUCAGAUCGAAGGGUGGUGAAGAGGAGCAUCGAGUGCAGCUGUGUUUAGCAAGCUGUCAGCAUCAUCAUAACAAUGUCAUGGGUACCCCACUUCACUGUGUACGGUUGACAAUCGAUACCGGUGGUGGGUUCGAGUGGCAAGAGCAAGGACGGCUGCUGUCGACAUGUCGACCGUGACACUGGGAACCGGUCAGUUAGUGCAACGUCGUAAAGCAUUAAGAUUCGACCUGUAUCAGUGCAUGGUGAGCGUG